AUGUAUCGUCUCUUCGUGGCAUUCGCCCUAUUUGGCGUGUCUUCUGCGUGUGUCGCUAACGGAAUUUGCGGCGGAGGCUUGCCGGGCGGUUCUCCCUGCUACGGCGCCGCACCUCCUCCGCCACCGCCUACGUGUGGCGGCGGAUGCGGACCGGGAAUGGCUUGCGGCGUUUAUGGAUGCUUUAGGCGUAGCGUCCGCGCCCUCUCCGCAGCCACCUUCACGCCGGAGGGUGCUGUUGAGGAGAUUUCCACUGAACGCGAGGCUCCCGCCAUCUUCGGCAAGUCGCGCUUCAACUCGAUGAGGAAGGUGGAGAAGCCGGUGCAGGCGCCAGUGGACCCGAACGCCCUCUUCAUGGCCUGCUGCGAGCAGCGAGGCCUGCCGGAUGCUUGCCUCCAGAAGUGCACCUUCAACACGUACAGCAAGGAGUCGUUGACCCGGAUGUACUUCAAGCAGGACGCCUGCCCGCUGGCCGCCUCGGCUGAUAUUCAGUUCUGUGCUGCUCAGGGUCGCGAUCACCGAGCUUGCUGCGCCCGCAACGGAGUAGCCAAUACCCUAGCUGGAGCCAAGUGUCUCACCUUCUGCGACCAGCGCCCCGGAAACGUGACCCUGCUCGACUACUCGUACGUCUCCUGCUACGAGCGCUUCGAGAACAUGAAGAGCUGCUUCUGGUACGACGCCGUCAACCGGUUCAAC